AUGGAAAAGAUAGAAGAAAUGAUGCAACUACCGUACAACACGACGGUGAAGCUGAUGCUCGGUUCACUGGAACGCAACCUGCUUCCUGACGCCGUCAUCAGAAGGCUCUCACGCUUGCUUUUGGCCACUCGCCUUCGAUCUUCUUACAAGCCUUCUUCUGAACUUCAGCUCUCUGAUCUUCUCCAAUUCGCACAUUCUUUACUAGAGAUGCCGAUUGCAGUUAGUACUGAUAAGCCUAAAUCUCAACACUAUGAACUACCAACCUCUUUCUUUAAGCUCGUUCUCGGAAACAAUCUCAAAUACAGUUCUUGUUAUUUCUCUUCGGCCUCCAAGACAUUGGAAGAUGCUGAAGAAGAAAUGUUGAAACUGUAUUGCGAGAGAUCAAAUCUGAAAGAUGGUCAUACAGUUCUCGACGUUGGAUGCGGUUGGGGUUCUCUUACUCUAUACAUUGCCAAGAAUUACAGUAAUUCUAGGGUUACAGGAAUCUGCAAUUCCACUACUCAAAAAGAUUUUAUCGAGGAGAAAUGCGUAGAGCUGCAGCUGCAAAAUGUGGAUAUCAUCGUUGCGGAUAUUAGCACAUUUGAAAUGGAAGCUUCUUAUGACAGAAUAUUUUCCAUAGAAAUGUUUGAGCAUAUGAAGAACUAUAAAGAUCUUCUAAACAAGAUAUCCAAAUGGAUGAAAGAGGAUGGCCUUUUAUUUGUUCAUCAUUUCUGCCACAAAGUGUUUGCCUACCACUUUGAGGACAACAAUGAAGAUGAUUGGAUUACGCGAUACUUCUUUACUGGAGGAACUAUGCCUGCAGCAAAUCUACUUCUUUAUUUUCAAGAGGAUGUUACUGUGGUCAACCAUUGGCUGGUAAAUGGGAAACACUACGCACAGACCAGUGAAGAGUGGCUCAAAAGAAUGGAUAAGAACAUGACUUCAAUCAAGCCAAUUAUGGAAUCAACAUAUGGCAAAGAUUCGGCUACUAAGUGGACUGUCUACUGGAGAACAUUUUUCAUAGCUGUAGCAGAACUUUUUGGAUACAAUAAUGAAUCAAAAUAUGACUCUGAGUUAGAAUCAGAUGACGGCUUUGAAGAUUUUGAAGAUGAGUCAGAAUCUGAGGUUUCUGAAGGCGAGUUAGAGUCAGAAGAUGACUCUGAAGCUGAAGACAAGUCAGAAUCCGAAGGUGAUUCUGAGUCUGAAGAAGAUUUUGCUUCUGAAGAAGAGUCAGAAGAUGAUGACUCUGGAAACUCUGAAGGUGAGUCAGAUGGUGAAUCUGAUUCUGAUCCAGAUUUUGAUGAUGAUCCAUAA